AGGAUGGGAGGAUGCCGAUGCGUUUUUUCCUGCGUCAUUUUUAGAGCUAAAGCUGAAUGUCGGUCAUCAGGCAGCCAUGGUGGAGGAGUUUUAAAGUCAUGCAGCAGGGAGGGGCCCCUCCUCUGCUGAAGGAUCCAUCUCUGCUCUAAACGCCACAGUGAGUCAGCUGGAGCCUCCGAUGAAUGAAUGAAUGAGGAGCAGGACGCACUGACAGCCGGGGAGCCAGGUACCGGAGCGCGCUGUUGACGCACCAUCCAACAGGAGGAGGAGGAGCAGGAGGAGGCGGAGGAGCAGGAGGGGGGGUCUUAUUCUAAACUCAAAUCCUUUAGAAGAGAUUUACGGAGCUGCUGCUGCGGGUUCAACCUUCAGGAAGACGCAACAUUUCAUUUUUCCUGCAGAGGAUCCAGUUUUUUUUUCUCGGAUAUUUGGAUCAACUGCGCAGUGAAAUUAAUCCAACCUUUAAUUGGCAUCGCUGUGGAUUGUAGAUCAAGGCGUGGACAGAAGCAGCCGCCCCAUCCAUCAUCACAGGUUUGAUCCACCGGGGGUCCGGAGCCACCAUGACAGGCCCCCCGCUGGUCCCUCGGCCCGCAUGCUGACGGUACCGGGCAGGAUGGGAGCAGCUCUGCCGAUACCAGCAUCCGGAACCAGCCGAUUCAUCAAUGGAGGAGGAGAGUGACACCCGGAAAAUUAACAACAGCUUCCUUCGCGAUCACAACUAUGCAACCGAAGCUGACAUUAUCUCUACGGUGGAGUUUAACUCAACAGGGGAGCUGUUGGCCACUGGGGAUAAAGGAGGAAGAGUGGUUGUCUUCCAGAGGGAGCAGGAGAGUAAAACACAACCUCAUCGUCGAGGGGAGUACAACGUUUACAGCACAUUCCAGAGUCACGAGCCCGAGUUUGACUACCUGAAGAGUUUGGAGAUCGAGGAGAAGAUCAACAAGAUCAAAUGGCUCCCUCAGCAGAACGCAGCGUACUUUCUGCUCUCCACCAACGACAAAACCGUGAAGCUGUGGAAGAUAAGCGAACGGGACAAGCGUCCGGAAGGCUACAACCUGAAGGAUGAGGACGGGCGCUUCAGGGACCCCUCCACCAUCACCUCUCUGCGGGUGCCUGUUCUGCAGCCCAUGGAUUUGAUGGUGGAGGCGACAGCCAGGCGCGUCUUCAGCAACGCCCACACGUACCACAUCAACUCCAUCUCCGUGAACUCUGACCUGCAGACCUUCAUCUCCACGGAUGACCUCCGGGUGAACCUGUGGAACCUGGAGAUCACGGACCGCAGCUUCAACAUUGUAGACAUUAAGCCAGCCAACAUGGAGGAGCUGACGGAAGUCAUCACCUCAGCAGAGUUUCACCCCCAGCAGUGUCACACCUUCGCCUACAGCAGCAGCAAAGGCUCCAUACGCCUCUGUGACAUGAGGCAGGCCGCCCUCUGUGACAAGCAUUGCAAAUACUUCGAAGAGCCGGAGGAUCCAUCAACACGCUCCUUUUUCUCCGAAAUUAUCUCCUCCAUCUCCGAUGUUAAGUUCAGCCACAACGGGCGCUACCUGAUGACAAGGGACUACCUCACUGUCAAGGUGUGGGACCUCCAGAUGGAGAACAAACCACUGGAAACCUACCAGGUCCACGACUACCUGAGGGGCAAACUCUGCUCUCUGUAUGAGAACGACUGCAUCUUUGACAAGUUCGAGUGCGUCUGGAACGGAUCGGACAGCGUCAUAAUGACCGGUUCCUACAACAAUUUCUUUCGAAUGUUUGACCGGAACACCAAACGGGACGUCACGCUGGAGGCGUCCAGAGAGAACAGCAAACCUAGAGCUAUUCUGAAGCCUCGAAAGGUUUGCGUCGGUGGGAAACGACGGAAGGAUGAGAUCAGCGUAGACAGCCUGGACUUCAGCAAGAAGAUCCUCCACACCACGUGGCAUCCGCACGAGAACAUCAUUGCCGUAGCGGCCACCAACAACCUCUACAUCUUCCAGGACAAAGUGAACUAAUAAGGCAGCCCGCCCCCCAUCCCCCCCCACUGACUCUGGACCCACACAGACGUGCGGGGCUCCUGUCUUAACCCCCCCUCCCCUCCCCUCCCCCAUCCUCAGACUCUAUUUUAAAAGAGUCAAGUGUUAUAAGGAAUUGAACACUGAAACAGAUCCGAUGCAUUUCUAGAAAACAACUUCUGGUUUCAUUCAUGCGGAAAACCGAGGGAUUGAAUCCUGUGGGUUUAUGCAACACGAAGGAUCGUUGCAUGAAUGAUGUUAUGUAGCAGCCCUCUGGACCCUAAAGAAACAGGCGGAUAGGUGAAGUAAAAGAGCACAGAGACGGGAAGCCGGCUCGUCUUCAUGUAGCGCCAGUCCCCCCCCCUAUAAUGCUUUGAGAUGAACCCCCUGAGCCUCUGAUUGAGGUCCUGGACGAAGAGGAGACUGUUAAUGCCUGACCCCCAGAAGCUGCACCAGUCUCACCGGUUUGGGCGUCUCUUUGGAGACCUCUGUUAUUCUUUUAUGUGAAUGAACCCCCCACCGGGCGCCAUGAGUCCAAUUUCAUUUAAAGACGUCGGUUUUGUCGAGUCCUUUUCUUGGUGGGUGAGUCUGUUUAGAAGCUGUGGUGCCUUCUUUUGGUAUGUGGGGGCUUUGAUGUAGUGGACGAGGGAGGGAGGGAAGGGACUGUGUGAAUGUGUUAAAUUAAAUGUUAUCUUAGGGUUUUUGUUUUUUUCAACUUUCUUUACCAAUGAAAGUAUGAAUAAAGCUUCAGUGAGAGAAAGUGUUGCAAAUAAUGACAAAGAGGAGACAUUGAUGUUCGUUGUCUCAUUUUUUUUUUCAAAGUAAAGUUAAAGCAACACAUUUUUCUUUGAAGUGUUUUUUUUUCUUCCUUUUAAUAAAACAGUCAAAAGUCUGCAAAAUGUUCCCUUGUUUUCAUAGUGCUGAAAAUGAUUUAUAGGUGAUAAUUUGAUUGGAACUUAAACUUAAACUAGAAUAUGGUGGCAUCACUGUGCUGCUCUAGAUUCUUUUGCAUGCGGAUUCGACAGUCCAACAUCUGCAGAUCAUUUCAAGCACAAUGAAUGCUUUUUCUUCUUCUUCUUCUUCUCCCUAAAAGAUGUCGACUUAAUCGGUUUUAUAUGAGAUUGUUCCAAAGCUUGUUGCAUGUUCGUUCUCUGGAGGAAGACGGGCGAUGACGGGCAGCGGCGGGUCGUCUCACAGAAAUCGGCUUGGACUCUGUAAAAUCAGGGAAUAUCUGUGUGUGAGUCUGUUAACAGUGGUAUCUUCUAAACUGCCCUUCUUUGUGACACAUCUAACUGAAACAAACCAAUUUUUAUAGCUCAGAAUGUAUCACAAUGCAAGGAAUUACCAUGCAGUCUUUAUGCUUAAUGGACUUACUUUGAAUAAAAAAAAAACAAUAAAGAUUUGCAGCUCAAUGCCUGCUAG